CGUGGGCUCGGGCGCCCCGCCUUUGUCUCCCGGGCGCGAGCCGCCGCAGCCCCGCGCCCGCCGCUUGCUGCCGGAGCCGCUUUGUGCCGCGGCGCCGGGGACCGGGACGCGGGGCGCGGAGCCGGCGGGCGCAGCCUCAGCAUGGACGUGACCGUCUCGGAGCUCCUGGAGCUCUUCCUGCAGAGCCCGCUGGUGACCUGGGUGAAAACUUUUGGCCCGUUUGGAAGCAGCAACCAGGACAACUUGACUAUGUACAUGGAUUUAGUGGACGGCAUCUUUUUGAACCAAAUCAUGUUGCAAAUAGACCCCAGACCAACAAAUCAGCGCAUCAACAAGCAUGUCAACAACGACGUGAACCUUCGCAUUCAGAACCUGACCAUCUUGGUGAGAAACAUCAAGACCUACUACCAGGAAGUUCUCCAGCAGCUGAUUGUAAUGAAUUUGCCCAAUGUUUUGAUGAUUGGCAGAGACCCGCUGUCUGGGAAGAGCAUGGAGGAGAUUAAGAAGGUGCUGCUGCUGGUGCUGGGCUGUGCCGUCCAGUGUGAGAAGAAAGAGGAGUUUAUUGAGAGAAUCAAACAGCUGGACAUCGAGACCCAGGCUGGGAUCGUGGCCCACAUCCAGGAGGUGACCCACAACCAGGAGAACGUGUUUGACCUGCAGUGGCUGGAGCUGCCCGACGUGGCCCCGGAGGAGCUGGAGGCCCUUUCGAGGAACAUGGUGCUUCAUCUCCGGAGGCUCAUUGACCAGCGGGACGAGUGCACGGAGCUGAUCGUGGACCUGACCCAGGAGCGGGACUACCUGCAGGCGCAGCACCCCCCCAGCCCCGCCAAGUCCUCCAGCGCGGACUCCACUCCCAGCCCCACCAGCAGCCUCUCCAGCGAGGACAAGCAGCACCUGGCCGUGGAGCUGGCCGACACCAAGGCCAGGCUGCGGCGUGUCAGGCAGGAGCUGGAGGAGAAGACGGAGCAGCUUGUGGACACCAGGCACGAAGUGGACCAGCUGGUGCUGGAGCUGCAGAAAGUCAAGCAAGAGAACAUCCAGCUGGCGGCGGACGCCCGGUCUGCUCGCGCCUAUCGAGAUGAGCUGGAUUCCCUGAGGGAGAAGGCGAACCGCGUGGAGAGGCUGGAGAUGGAGCUGGCGCGCUGCAAGGAGAAGCUGCACGACGUGGACUUCUACAAGGCUCGCAUGGAGGAGCUCAGAGAAGAUAAUAUCAUUUUAAUUGAGACCAAGGCCAUGCUGGAGGAACAGCUGACUGCUGCUCGCACGCGGGGCGAUAAAGUCCACGAGCUGGAGAAGGAGAAUCUGCAGCUGAAAUCUAAACUUCACGACCUGGAAUUGGACCGGGACACAGAUAAGAAACGAAUUGAGGAGCUGCUGGAAGAAAACAUGGUCCUCGAGAUUGCACAGAAACAGAGCAUGAACGAAUCUGCCCACCUCGGCUGGGAGCUGGAGCAGCUGUCCAAGAAUGCAGACCUGUCAGAUGCCUCCAGGAAGUCGUUCGUGUUCGAGCUGAACGAGUGCGCCUCCAGCCGCAUCCUCAAGCUGGAGAAGGAGAACCAGAGCCUGCAGAGCACCAUCCAGGGGCUGCGGGAUGCGUCCCUGUCGCUGGAAGAGAGCAGCCUUAAGUGCGGGGAGCUGGAGAAGGAGAACCAGCAGCUCAGUAAGAAGAUCGAGAAGUUACAGACCCAGCUGGAGAGAGAGAAGCAGAGCAACCAGGAUUUGGAGACCCUCAGCGAGGAGCUGAUCAAAGAGAAGGAGCAGCUACAGAGCGACAUGGAGGCCCUGAAGGCCAACAGGGCCCGGCAGAUCAAGGACCUUGAGCAAGAAAAGGACCACCUCAACCGAGCAGUGUGGUCGCUGCGGGAGAGGUCGCAGGUCAGCAGCGAGGCCCGCGUGAAAGACGUGGAGAAGGAGAACAAAGCCCUCCACCAGACAGUGACAGAGGCCAGCAGCAAACUCAGCCAGCUGGAGUUCGAGAAGCAGCAGCUGCACAAGGACUUGGAGCAGGCCAGGGAGAAGGGGCAGCGGGCGGAGAAGCUGGAGGGGGAGCUGCAGCGGCUGCAGGAGGAGAACGCGCAGCUGGCCAGCAAGGUGACCUCCCUGGAGACGGCCACCGAGAAAGCCACGGCCCUGGAGCACGAGAGCCAGGGCCUGCAGCUGGAGAACCGGACGCUGAGGAAGUCUCUGGACACCUUGCAGAACGUGUCGGUGCAGCUCGAGGACCUGGAGCGCGACAACAAGCAGCUGGACGCAGAGAACCUGGAGCUGCGCAAGAUGGUGGAGGCCAUGCGCUUUACCAGCGCCAAGAUGGCGCAGAUCGAGAGGGAGAACCAGCAGCUGGAGCGCGAGAAGGAGGAGCUGAGGAAGAACGUGGAGCUGCUGAAGGCGCUGGGCAAGAAGUCGGAGCGCCUGGAGCUCAGCUACCAGAGCGUGAGCGCCGAGAACCUGCGGCUGCAGCAGAGCCUGGAGAGCAGCGGCCGCAGGUCGCAGGCCCUGGAGAGCGAGCUGGGCGAGCUGGAGGCUGAGCACCAGGCGCUGCGCCGGGACCUGGAGGCCCUCCGGCUGGCCGGCGUGCAGCUGGAGCGGGCCGAGAGGGACAAGAAGGCCCUGGAGCAGGAGGUGGCCCAGCUCGAGAAGGACAAGAAGCUGCUGGAGAAGGAGGCCAAGCGGCUGUGGCAGCAGGUGGAGCUGAAGGACGCGGUCUUGGACGACAGCACCGCCAAGCUGUCCGCUGCCGAGAAGGAGAGCCGCGCGCUGGACCGCGAGCUGGCCCGCUGCAGGGACGCGGCCGGCAAGCUGAAGGAGCUGGAGAAGGACAACAGGGACCUCACCAAGCAGGUCAUCGUGCACACGAGGACGCUGACCACCCUGCGGGAG